CAGGUCUCGCGCUGUCCGCACUCGUGAAACAAAAAAAACACAAACCAAAACACCCGGGUUUUCUGGGAAGACACGGCUCGCCUUCACUUUUUUGGGGACAGAAUCGCCAUGGAUGCCUUGAGAGCAGUCGCCUUUUACACGCUCUUCAUUUUCCUUUGGAGUUUACCGUAUUGCCAGUCAGCUGCGCUUAUAUCUCAGAAAAAGAGCACGCAUGAUAGACAAAGGUCACACAACUUUCUUAAAGAGAUUUUCGCAUCCUCUCCGGGAGCGGGUCGUGUGGAUGAUUUAAAGGACCCGGUUGUGCCUCACGAUUACAUGAUCUCCAUAUACAGGACUUACUCCGCAGCUGAAAAACUGGGGCUCAAUGCAAGUUUUUUUCGCUCUUCAAAGUCUGCAAACACCAUAACGAGUUUUGUUGACAGGGGAAAAGACAAUCUCACGCUCUCUCCUUUGCGAAGACAAACGUAUCUGUUUGAUGUCUCAACUCUCUCAGACAAAGAGGAGCUGGUCGGUGCUGAAUUAAGGAUAUAUCGUAAAGCGCCCGGGGAUGUCCAAACGUCCCCAUCAGGAGACUACACUCUUCAUCUACUCUCGUGUCGAUCAGAGAGGCCACUGGCUUCCAGAUCCCUUGAUCUUCAGGAUUCCCGGAAAGCAGAAUGGGAGGUUCUGGACGUUUGGAGAAUUUUUAAAAACAGACACCAAGGGAAUCAGCUUUGUCUGCAGCUCAAGGUUACGCAUAGCAAAUCUGACACCGAAAUCGACCUAAAUCAACUGGGUUUCCACCGGCACGGCCGAACGCAGCAAGAAAAAGCCAUAUUGGUGGUCUACACGCGGUCUAGGAAAAGAGAAAACUUGUUUAAUGAGAUGAAAGAGAAGAUCAAGUCUCACAGAGAAGACGACAAGGAUGAGGAGAGCGCGCUGCAGUUUAAAGCGCGGCGCAGGCGGAGAACUGCGCUCAAUAAUCGCCACGGGAAACGGCAUGGCAAAAAGUCCAAAUCGAGAUGCAGCAAAAAGGCACUGCAUGUCAAUUUCAAAGAGCUGGGAUGGGACGACUGGAUCAUCGCUCCGCUCGAUUACGAAGCAUACCACUGCGAGGGCGUGUGCGACUUCCCACUGAGGUCGCACCUGGAGCCGACCAACCACGCCAUCAUUCAGACGCUCAUGAACUCCAUGGACCCCAACAGCACGCCGCCGAGCUGUUGCGUGCCCACAAAACUCAGCCCUAUAAGUAUACUAUACAUAGACUCAGGCAACAACGUCGUGUACAAACAGUACGAGGACAUGGUGGUAGAACAGUGUGGCUGUAGGUAGCGAAUCACACACGAGGGUUUGGCACCAAGGCAUAAAACACUUGAACGAUGCGUAAAGACGCGCUUGAGCCGCACAAACUGCGCAUUCUCACUUAUGCAAAAGGGAUUCUUCAGUAGAGAAAUUUUUGACGAUUUAAAAGAUUUCCACAGGCCACUGUUCAUGGUUGUGCCAUGAGCUUGUGUACAGUUUCUCUAGACUUGGAAAACAAUCUUGCAUUAGAAGGUUUGUUUUUCCGUACGCAUGCUGGGUUUCUUUUUGUAAUUAUGUGUUCAAAAAAACCUAGUAUCUCUUUAACGUGUCGUCUCUCGGACGAGGCAGGCAGAAGAAACGCCAGAUUUAGUGCGUGACCGUCUGGACAGGAUUCACUGAGGAUUGUGUUACACUAUUAUCUCCGUGCACUCAGAAGAAUGUGGAGACGGGCACCUGUUCAAACUCAUCUGCUAGUUAUAUGGAUAAUAUACUGUAUGGUAUAUGGAUAAUGAAUGAGCAAAACGCAAAACCACUGGUGCUUAAUCAAGUCAUAUUCAGCUUUUGGGGAAUGUAGUACCAAACAGUAAAUAAGGCAUAACGAGACUGACUGAAGAAUUAUUAUUUUUUCUUUUCUUCCCCCCCCCCCCCCUUUUUUUUUGAGAAGUGCCUGUGCUUUUUUGUAUGUAACCUAGGUAAAAAUACACACAAUGUCAUUUUGUACUUUCUGCGAAGACAAAAAAUGGAAAUCCAUCAACGUUUGUAUCUUCCACAACUGCACUUCCGCAACUGUCCAAGAAGUCUGGAAGAAGCGUUUUUCCCUAACGACUGUCAAGUUUUAAAAAAAGAGACUUGAGAGCGAGAUUAUAUUUAAAUGCACAUUAGCUUUGAAUGCACUGUUGUACAUUUUAUGAGCUGUAAAUAUUUGUAAAGUAAAUCCUAAAGUGCAACGUAUGAAGAAAUGCAAACCCACGUUUCUUUGUUAAUGUACAUUUAUAAAUGCACUCAAAUCGCUAUAAUUUCUAUUCUAUAAUUAUUUUAUUAUUUGUGAUGUACAGAGUUUCAUGAUAAUCGUGUGUUUCUUACGCUGAUAAAACAAAUUUAAUUUAAAAUGUAUUCAUCAUUGCUGAGGGUGGAAAUGCCAUUAUCGAUGUCUACCUCAUAAUUGCAUAGAAUCUACGUUCUGAGGUGCAUUCAGCUAGAGUGUA